GUCGACGCGCGGCGGCGCUGUGUUCGGUUUCGGCGCCAGUGUCGCUUCGGGCGCUCCGCUGGUCGUGCGAUCGUGUGGCGCUCCAGCUGCCGGCGGCGUUGACGCGGCGUUUGACGACGAUUUUGUUUCUGCGCACGUGCGUCGAGAGGGGCGCUACAUCUCUGCGAAGGAAGGGGCACCGUCAGCGGCGGAGUGCGGCAAGAUGGCGGCUAGGUGUCGUCCUCCUGCCCGCCGGAGACGGGUCCGGGCCGUCGUCGUGCCCUAGGGCAAGUCCAUGACGAGCGCUGCUCUCUUGUUGCCGGCGCCGCAGGCGAGCUUGGGCGCCGACAUGGCUGACUUCCAGGACAUGUGGCAGGACAUCGAGAGCGUCCUGCUCGGCGACAUGGCUCCUGGCUUCAGCCCCGAGCCCCGCGGCCCGAGCCCUCUUCCCCCUCGGCGACCGCCCCUACCUCCGCCCUCGGCGCCGGGGCCCGGCUACCACCACCACGGUGGAGGUGGCGGAGGCCCCGGUCAGCACCACCUCGCCGGCGCCGCCGCUUUCACGGCGCCGCCUCGAUCCGAUCUCCUCGAAGACCUCGGCCUCACCGUGGCCGACCCGAAGCACCCUUACGCAGGCGGGGGCACCGACUCGCCGGCGUCCUCCAUACCUCCGCCGCCCGCCUACCCGGCGCCCUACGCCUGGCCCGCGCCGUCCAAGUGCUCGGGCUACCUUGCGGCAGCGCGGUGUCCCUACCCUCCCCAGUGGUGCGGUUCCAUGCCGGACUCGUCCCGCUACGGCCCUCCGUGCGGCACUCCCCUGAGGCCAUCCCCGGCCAUCGGGUCCUGCUUCGGGCAGGGCAGGGUACCGUCGCCGUCGCCGUCCCCGUCUCCGCUCCAGCACGACGGCCUGGUGGUGCCUCCGCCCUCCCUCUACCCCGGUCCCAGCGUGGUGCCCGCGCCCCCGGCGCCCAAACCCCGCCGGGGCCGCCGGUCGCGCGGCCCCAAGAAGGUGACCGUACACACCUGUUCCUACCCGGGCUGCUCGAAGACGUACUCCAAGAGUUCGCACCUCAAGGCGCACCUGCGCACUCACACGGGCGAGAAGCCUUACCAGUGCAACUGGAAAGGGUGCGGCUGGAAGUUUGCUCGCUCGGACGAACUGACGCGUCACUACCGCAAGCACACGGGCGACCGGCCGUUCCAGUGCCGCCUGUGCGACAGGGCCUUCUCCCGGUCGGACCACCUCUCGCUGCACAUGAAGAGGCACGCCGAGGUGAUCUGAUGAGUGCCGCUCGGUGGUGCUCCGGUUCGCCGAGGCGGUGGUGAUGUGUACGAUACUCCUGCGUACGUCUCGACUCCUCCGAGAUACCACGUCCCGGUGCUAGCGCGGAGGGGCGUCCAUUGCUCAAGUGCUGCGUCGGCUCAGAACCGAGGCCGCCUGCCACACGACCAAAGAUGGCGAUACUCCUCCUCCUUCUCGUUUUCGCCCCGUAUCUCUCUCUCCCUGUCGCUGCGAUGGCAGCGACCGCGUGGACCACUCUCUACUUACUACUACUACUACUCACGUCCAAGGACACGAGCCCAGCGGUAUGAGAAAGAUGCGCCUCCGUUCACCGACUCAAAAGCCUGCAUCACCACCGCACUCUGUCUGCUGCUGUAGUGCCCUGGAAGGAAUGUACUCACGGGACACAUUUCUCACCAUGCCAAGAAACGCGAUGGUGUGCUACUCUCCAGGCAAGAGAGAUUACGAGCUGCGUGAAACGGCGUUCCCCUUUCCUUUCUACGCCGUUUCUUAUGUCAUGAUGCUGAUGCGUGGUAUGCACUCAGUGCCUCGUGCAGUGUCAAGGAAAAAGAGAAAACGCACUGCUCACAGCACGCGCGCGUCGCCACCAAAGACAAGGUAGCAGCGUACAGCACUGCAUGGUCAAAACAACGAUCACUUCUGUGGGACUACAUUCCUCGCUGUCUGCUAUGAUGUAACGUGGUACAGCGUGGCGCCUCGCACAGUGCCCACGAGGAAGCACCUCAAGAAAGUCACGCGCGACUGUCUCCUACCAAGAAAAACACAGCGGCAGACAACGAGUAAUGUGGCAAGUCAACAUAUCUGCGAAAGUUCGUUUUUCGCAGGCCUUCAACGACGCCACCGUCGUAGUGCUACUUCAGAGUGCGGUGUCGGUAGCCGGCAGACCGCGUGCACGCGCUGUUUUUCGCCAGUCCUGGAUCGACAAUGGCCUUCUGUGUUUCCGGAUUACGAGAACGCGAGCUCACGGGACUCCGUUCAGAAGUCUCGAAGCGCGUCACGUUUAACUGCAGUGCCUGACGAACUGAGCUUGGUUUGCAGUGUAAAGCCAAAUGCUACGAUCCGAGGGCCUAAGUAUAUCCAGCAGUCUAACAACCAAGUGCCGUGGUGUCGUGUCCUGAAGAAAUCGAAGCAAGUCAGGAGUUCGGAAGCUUUGAAGAUGGAAACUUGAAGCCAUAGUGAGGGUGAUCGAAUAUCGGUUGCAUCAGGCUUGACCCAACAUUUGGACGAAGGGUCAGGUGUCCCUUUGUCGAAACGUUGGAUCCAACCUGAGGCAUCCCUUGGGUUACCGCUGUUGUGUCCCGAAGAGUAUAGUGUGAGCAGUGGGCGAGGUUGUUACGGUCAAUGAACGUGUUAGCGUAACAUCCGACUCGGAGAUGGGUUACUGAAACGCUCGAUUCAGCCUAUACUCAGCUUUAGAGUUCGGGGAUUUGGCUUGGCCAGCCGAGUGUGGUGGAUGCGAAUGCGUCGUUCUGACUUAGAGGACUGGAGGAGCGAGCCACGUGAUCGCAAUGUUCAACACUUUUGGCAUGUGAAAAAUAGUGGUUUCUCAACGCACAGGCUCUGGUCAGCGGUAAAUUAUACUCGCGUGCGUUGGCAGUUUUUUCUCUCUCUAUCGGUUCCUGAGACGUAGUCUUUCAAUGGUAGUAGGCCUAAGACAGCUGUCAUCAAAGCUUCAGUGAUUGAUCUCCCACAGAGGUAACGGGAUGAUUCAGGCACCGCGGUAGACGCGUAAUCGAAGGAGCAGAUGUAACGAUCUUUUUUUAAAAUUUUUGCUGCGAGUUUUCUCGCGACCAAUUUGUCCUUUCUGUAGGAACAACAUAUUUCAUGUGGCCCAUAUUAGAGAAGUGACAAUACAACGGGGCACGUGGCUUAUCUUUCUAUAUGAGCAGACUUAAUGCCGUAAAUAAAAUUGUCGCUGAAUUGAGAAACCGAUUUCUUUACUCGAUUCACUACAGCAGAUAAUACUCUCGAAGCCAAUUACAAACCUGUCUGCCCACACUUGAGAAAGUUUUUGAACUGCAGUCGUUCCUCCUCACUAGAUUUAGGCCUUUAAACAAGAAUGUUUUGGGAUGAUGUCUUGGGCCGUGCUAGAUAGCCUGGUCUGGGUGGUAUCUAAGGAAAAGAAAAAAAAAUCUCGGAUUAGGGGCGUUCUCUCUGAAGCGUCCUGGACGUUCCUCGUGCAUCGUUGCAGCUCACCAUUCAACGCUCGGAGGGCCCUUGACGUUCGAUGCAGCACAGAAGCAAGGUGUGCGAAAUCAUUGCAAUAGAUAUAUAUGAACAGAGAACACUGGUGCAGCGAGUGUUACGGAAGACUGUGUCGCGUCGUCGCGCGAGUCGUGUCAUACGUCCAGCGACUACAGAACACCUCAUUCUGUGGACCGUGCUGCUGUGAGGAAGCUGCUUUCCGUUUGUGCGUGUGUGUGUUCCGAGGUGUGCCGUGAGUGUUGCCCAGGAUUGUGCUCUUUGGUGUCACCAGGCGGAGCGGCGUGGACAUUGAAAAAAAAAAACCAGCCUGUGGAUUGAUAUACUCGGAUCCUAUCGACGUGAAAAAAUUACAUGUGCGUCUGUGCGCGUUUGUGAAAGAGUGUCGGUGCCUUUUACGUCUUAGAAUUUUGUGGCCUUAAGUCGGGCGAGACAUGGACGCUUUCUGUUUUGAUUUACUUUAUUUUCUUUUCCUUGACGAGACACUCCGGAGAAAGUGUAAACUUACUCACUCAAUAUUGACUGUCGAGCCUCUCCGGUGGCGAAGAUAGCCGCCGAGAUCUUGAGAGCGAGUUCAAUAAAUGAACGAGUGUAUUUAUUGUUA